AGGAUUAAGAAAUUGGGGAAGGAAUUAAUGCGGGUUCAGGGAUAAAUUUGGGAUGGUGCCAAGGAGCACGGGGAAAGAGGGACCUGUAGGAUUGCAGUGGGAAUUUGUGCUGGAUAACAGAGAGAGGAAUAACCUGGGAUGGGGCCGGACAGGGAGCUUGAGGUGAAGUCCAGGGUGAGCUCGUGAAGGGCUGGGGAGAGGGACGAGGCAGGAAAUCGGCGCUGGAAGCGCAGGGACGUGACGCAGCCAUUGCCGAAAGAAAGUUCUGAGCAGGGAAAAGCUUCGGUGCCAAACCAGCACAUCUGGCCGGCUUCACUGAUGGGAAAGUCGAUCCCGGAGCCCCGGGAGGUGCUGCCUUCCCUCUGCCCCCCGCACGGGGAACGUGCCCACAGAGCUCUGCUCCCUCCUUACCCUGCUCCCCGCGCCGGGGCCGGAUCGAUGGCGCUUCCCGGGCGGCCGGAUCCUGCCGGGGCCGUGCCGGAGCGCGGCUCCCAGUUACCAUGGAUAUGGCUGCGGCUGCCUCUCCCCGGGAGGCCGUUCCCUUUAGGAGUUCAGUUCGAGUUUAGCGUGAGCUCAAAAGUUGUUUUUUUGUUGUUUUUCUCCAAAUCUCUCCCAGGUUUUGCUGCCAUGAUCCCGAGCCAGCACUGACUGCCACGGGAAUGGCCGAGAAGGGCCCCAGGUACAGCCUGGUGCGGGAGGUGGGGCGCGGCAGCUACGGCGUGGUCCACGAGGCCGUGGCCAACCUCACCGGGCGGCGCGUGGCCGUCGAGAGGAUGCACUGCCACGUGCCCGAGAACGCCGAGCUGGCCCUGCAGGAGCUGUGGGCGCCGCGCAGCGUCCGGCGGCGCCACCAGAACGUGCUCCAGCUGGAGGAGUGCGUCCUGCAGAGCGGCCCGCUGCUGGUGGAGACGUGCCGGAAGGGCCGGAGCUGCGCCGACCCGCGCUCCGCCUGCUGCCCGUGGUUCGUGACCGAGUUCUGCGAGGGCGGCACCGUGAACGAGUUCCUGCUGGCGCGCGGCCCCGACGCGCGGCUCAACCGCGGCUUCGUGCGGCAGCUCAGCGGCGCCGUGGCCUUCCUGCGCCGCAGCCGCAUCGUGCACCGCGACCUCAAGGCCGACAACGUCCUGGUGGCGCACGGCAGCGCCGGGCCUGUGGUCAAGGGAUCGAUUCCCGCCGGGAUCCGGAAACGUUGGAGGUGCCGAAGAGCUCCGGAAUUCUCCACCAGGAAAUCCACGGAAGCUCCCGCAUUUCUAUCCCUGUUUAAACGGACAAAAUCUUAUUUAUUUGUACAGUAACUCCCCAAAAAAUCUUAUUUUACCCCAAAUUUCGCUGGUUUUAUAUUUCUGUUCCUUAUCCGUGGGGAUGAACCUCAAGGAAUCUCGGCUUUAUCCGGGAGGAAUUUCUCCAGUCCCUCUUUUUGGUCCCUGCUCUUCCCAAAAACCCAAAAUCCCGGGAGAAACCACCUGGAAAUGGAAAUUUCCAGCCCUGGAUUCGCCCUUGGCGUAGAAUUUGGCUCGGGGGAGGUUUAAUUGGAGAUUUUC